AGAGAAGACACCAACUAACAAUCAAAACAGUUGACACACAAUCCAUAAAACAUCCGACCUCUUAAAUCUUUCAUGAUUUGAUCUUCGAAUCACAAAACGAAACAAUCCUCUCUAUUCUCUCUGUUUUUUCUCCAAUCUUCCCUCUCUCUUUCUCUCUCCUUUUCCUCGUGCUAGCUGUUGAUGUAAGAUCUUCGCUUUUCAUUCAUCACCAUCAUCUUCUCCACGUUAACAGACAAAAUUGGCAGUUGGGUCAAAAACUAACACCUCACCCACAUUACCACAUUCAUCCCUCCAAAAAAAAAAAAAAAAAAAAAAACCCACAAAAGUUUCAAAUUUCAAAAAUUUCAUAAAACCCUUUAAUUUCUGCCCCCCAUAAAUUGCUGGUAUAUAUUAAAGAUGUUGAUGAUGAAAUCAAAAUCCCCAAUUCUUCCUGUAACAAAUCACCCACCAUCAUAUCUGGGUUCUUCUUCCACAAUGUUUGUUCAAAAAGCUAAUAAUUAUGAAUUGCCAACUACCCAUCUUCUGAUUUCUCAAAUUGAAGAAGAUGACAUUUCAAUCGAGAGAAAACCCUUUUUUUCUAGGGCUUUUAGCUUCACGGGAGGGCCCAAAACAGCUGCUCAACAACAGCGUCGCCGUCGCAGUGCUAGCGAUGAUAACUUACUUUGUGUGUCCAAUGGUGGGAAUGGUAAUGGAAAUGAGGAUGCAUCACUUGGUACCACUGUUGAGCAUGCCGCCGCCGAGACGUAUAUGAUCACUCGUUUCAGUAUUAAGCUUCUUGGUUAUCUGGGGGUAGGCUACAGAUGGAUCUUAAGAUUUUUCGCUCUUGGUUGUUAUGCCAUUUUACUGAUGCCUGGUUUUGUUCAAGUUGGAUAUAAAUACUUCUUUUCAAGUCGUAUCCGCAGAGGUAUAGUCUAUGGUGAUCAACCUCGAAACAGGCUUGAUCUGUACUUGCCCAAGAAUUUAAAUGGGCCAAAGCCAGUUGUUGCAUUUGUGACGGGUGGAGCCUGGAUAAUUGGGUACAAAGCAUGGGGUUCUCUCCUUGGUCAACAAUUGUCGGAUCGAGAUAUUAUUGUUGCAUGUAUAGAUUACAGAAAUUUUCCUCAGGGUACAAUGAGAGAUAUGAUAGAAGAUGCUUCGCGUGGAAUUUCGUUUAUCUGCAAUAAUGUUGAAGAAUAUGGAGGUGAUCCUAGCAGGAUAUAUUUGAUGGGGCAGUCAGCUGGUGCACAUAUUUCUGCUUGCACUCUUGUUGAGCAAGCUAAUAAAGAGGCUGGUGGUGAGGGAGAAAGUGUUUCUUGGAGUGUAUCACAGAUAAAAGCUUAUUUUGGAUUAUCAGGAGGGUAUAAUUUGUUAAAUCUAGUGGAUCACUUCCACAAUAGGGGUUUAUACCGCUCCAUUUUUUUGAGUAUUAUGGGUGGGGAGCAAUCAUUGCGGCAUUACUCUCCUGAAAUCGUGGUGCAGGAUCCAAAUUUUAGAAAUGCAGUUUCACUACUACCUCCGGUGAUCCUUUUCCAUGGUACUGCUGAUUAUUCCAUUCCAUCAGACGAUAGUGUAAAAUUUGCUGAAACACUUCGAGAACUUGGAGUAGAAGCAAAAGCAAUACUGUAUGAAGGGAAGACACAUACUGAUGUUUUUCUCCAGGAUCCAAUGAGGGGUGGUAGCGAUCCGAUGUUUGAAGAUUUAGUUGCUAUAAUUCAUGCUGAAGACGAGGAAGCGCUUGCCAAGGAUGCAAUGGCACCGCAAAGGAAACGUCUGGUGCCAGAAUUCAUGUUGAAAUUGGCUCGUGCUGUUAGUCCUUUCUAAUUGUUUAGAAACUCGUGUUGUAACUUGUAAUAUUAGGAGACAAGAGGCCAUAUCAUUAUUUUUGCUGUUUUCAUAGCAGCCAUUGUAUUUGUAUAUAUACAUAUUAGUCUGUAAUUGAGUUCUACAAUUGUAAGUACAUUAGUUCCCAACUCUAUGUACUAGAUCUGGUUGUUAUUUUUGUUUGGGAAAUAUGUUAGAAACUACCUUCAAAAGAAAUGUUAUAAGAAGCAUUAUUUUAAAUAAAAA